AUGAAAUAUAAGAAAGAGUUAUAUGAUUUCUUAGAAUAUUAUGAAUACAAAAAAUACAUGAUCGAUAAUAAGCAACAUUCACCGACAGAGUGUUGCAAAUAUAUUUGGAAUGCUUUUGAAAUAUAUAAAAUUAUGCAUAGUGAUUUCAAUUCUUACUAUUCUGGAUACUAUGACAAAGAAAUAGAAAAAUUUAAAAAUGUAUUUGCUAAUGUGAAGAAGGAAUUAGAUUAUAUAGAAGAGAAGUGUGAUAAUAACAAUCUAGAUUUAGUAUUCGAUAAGACAAAAAACGUAAUACGUUUAAUAAAGGAAAAUGAAACUAAAGAAGUUGAAUUCUUAGAAAAAGGCUCAUCUUUAUUUAACUUUUAUUUAGAAUUAGAUGAUUAUUACGCUAAAGGAAGCACUGUUAGUUGUGGAACAUCAGAUGAUAAAUAUUUUAUGCAGAAUCUUGAUUUUUGUAAAAUUUGGCACAGUAUUCAGGAAAUAUUAAGAAACUGGAAUCGGAUAAAUUUGCGAUUUAUGAAUUUUACUUAUAACAAGAAAUGUGACUAUUUGAACUACUGGCUAUAUGAUAAAGUCAAAGAUAAUAAUGAUACUAGAAAUAUAAUUCCUUUCCUUUACGAAAUAAGGAAUUUAUUUACUGGAAAAGGAUAUUGUAAUAGCAAAAGAUACGAGUUUCUUGUAGAACAAUUAGAAAAUAAGAAAAUUUUACAUGAUUUUGUUGAAUAUUAUGAUUUUAUAAAAGGUAAAUUGAUUAUUUUAGAGAAUACUGGAAGAGAAAGUUACUGCAAAUAUAUGAAGGUUUUUUUUGAUUUAUAUAAAGAUAUGGAGCAAAAUAAAAGCUUGUCUCAGGGAUAUAAAGACGAAAUAAAUUAUUUUAAAGCGAAAUUUACUGAAAAUAUUGACGAGUUAAAUUUCAUAAAUAGUAAAUGCCCUGGAAAAUGUCUAAAUUAUAUAUUUUCCGAUAAAUAUAAAAUAUUUUGUGGAUCAAAGGAAGGACAAAAUAUAGGAGAUUUGAGUGAUGGGGCCGAAUCAUGCAUUACCGAAAAUAACUUUAUUCCACAUUACGGCUCAAAUGAAAAAGACUAUAUUCCAAAUGAUUCGGAUUUAGAUAAAGCAUAUAAACUAUUAGAUGAAGAUGAUACAAAUGUUUAUUACAAACAAUACUGUACAAAAUUAAAAUCUUUUGAAUGCCAGCAUAAAGGAGUUAGAAACAUUUGUCAUAAGCUUGUAAAGAAUUUAAUGCAUUUGUCAGAAAUGCCGAUAAACACAAAGCGCGAUGAACGUUGUUAUUUAUUAAAGCAUUGGUUAUAUAGAGAAUUAAGGAAAAUAUAUAGUUCUAACUUUAAUGACGUUAGUAGAGAGCCUGUUAUUACUAUACUUAAAGAAGUAUUUUUUUAUAUUAAUAACAAAUAUUUAUCCGAAAGUCCUUGUUACAUCUUUUUUGAUGAUACUAUGAACAAAUGGAAAGAGGAUAAAGAACUUCAUGAUUAUUUUCAAAUUUACAAAGAUAUUUAUAAUAAAAUUUCUACGAUUCCUAGUGAAAAAACAAAUUAUUGUAAAUAUGUAUCUCAUAUUUAUGGAUUAUAUAAGAAGUAUAUAAAGAAUUGCUGUGAAUAUUAUUAUAAUGGAAAUCAUUAUAAUGACAACUGUUCAGAUUAUUUUAAUUGUGAUAAAAAGUAUGAUCCCAACAACCUUUUAAUAAAGUUGGAUUGUAGUAGUAAAUUAUCUGAUGAAGAGUCACAAAAAAUAUAUAAUGUAGCUACCAUUGAUCGUUUAGUCAAAUUAAUUACUGAAAAAUCCCAAGAACAAUCUAAAUUAUUAUCUAAAUUAAUAACUGAAAAAUCACAAAUACAACCUGAAUUGUUAGACAAAUCAGUAACUGUGAAACCACAUGAACAAUCUGAAUUGAUAUUUAAGGAUAAAAUUGUUUUAAUUACAUCAAAGAAUUUAUUUAGUGCAUUAUUCAAUGAUCCUUUUUAUGUUGCUAUAUUAGGAUGUUUUGGACUUCUUGGAAUAUUCUUUAUAUUUUUUUGCUUUUAUAAAGUAAAUAGAUAUUGCUUCUACAAAAUAAACACUUUAUGUACUAUUUAA